GAAUGGAUGCAGUUGUUCGUGUUUGUUCUUGUUGACUUGACAAUCCCAUUAGUAAUUUCAGUGUCCUGCAGCUAGGAUAUAUCAAUCCUACCAGUAGACUCGUUGACGCGCGGACUGUGCGAGACAGCUUUGCCAGAAACGGCCACGACGCAGACGUGGAAAUUAUUUUUUCCCUCGAUCAUAAAAACCGACACGGCAAAAUGGUUGCGAUUGGCUCCAGCGACGGCGAUAAGCAGAUUGCGCUUCUGGCGAAGCAGAUUCAUGACAAGGUUCGUGGUUCUACUUCGUUCGCAUACCUAAAACUGCGAAUGAUUUUUAUGUAUCUGAUAUUAUGAAGGCUUGCUUUUAGGACGAAAGAAAUCACCCUCGUGAAAGCAAAUCGUAUCAUGCUGAAAGCCAAAUCGUAGGUGGCGAGAUGAACUCCGAAAAAAUAAUCCUCGCACAAAAUAAAACACCAGGAGACGGAGCUUCACACGCUCCGCGAGGCCCAGGAUAAGCAGUGGGUGGCGCUACUCCAGGAGAAAGAGGCGGUGAUCGAGUGCUUACUACGCGAAAAUGCGGAACUGCGAACGCGGCUAGGCGAGAACCUGAGAACAACAACGCCGCAGCAGGACAAUACAGCUGGCGCCGAGCAGCAGGAAAAUUAUGCUACUACGCUCUCAUCCCGCGGACCAUUUCGAGCGGUAUCCACGACGCCUGAUGGGGCAAAAGAAGCGGGACGCGCUAGUAGAGAAGGCCUUGUACAACAACAACUUCCGGGGGACGAGGGAACGACAUUGUCACAAAAGCUGCAGCCUACAUUGUUUUGGAACGAGUAUAACUUGCCUUUUUCUUUUUUAAUGAGCCCGCUCUGCAUGUUGUGCAUUAUUGUCAAUGACCGCGGCCUGGAACCAUCUCUACAACUGCCGCACGCGAAUCAUGCUUGCAAAUUCAAACAAAACCUCCACUAUCAACUCAGGAAAAUCGCCGGCGCGACGACGUCCUCCCUACCGCCAAGCAACCUCGCGACACAGAUGAGUCGCAUCAUGGUACUAUCUUCUACAUGAUGUUUGUUGUCGUGACCCCUCCCUGACAUCGAAUACAAAAAAUCAGUCAGCAUUUUUGAUGUCAAAAAUGAAAAACCAUUUUGAACCAAAACCAAACCAAAUCAAACCUCGAUAAAAACUAACGCAUGCUCAAUAACCACACAGCUGGAGGCCCGGCUCGGCGCCAUAGAUUCCGAGCUGCAGAAGAGUUCCAGCAGCGCGUCAGACGCCCGCGCGAAGCGGACGAGUAAGAUAGUGAACAAGAACCCUUUUCGCGAGGAUUUUGUCGGAUCUAGUGCGGUUGGAGCGACGAGUGCUUCCUCGACGUUUUCAUCAUCGUCCAAGGGAACAACCGACGCCAGCAUUUAUUCCACGGACCGGUUUUACACGGCCAGGGACGACCAUACCGUCGGGUCCUCUGUGCUGGGGACGAACUAUUUUUCGGGUGGAGGUGGUGCAGGAGCAAUUCUAGCAUCCACUCCGGAUCAUCUUGACGGUACUUCUACUUCUAAUCUUCGCGGCAAGUCAACAUCAACAUCCACCUGCUCUGCGGCAAGACGGCCUUCGGGUAGUGGUGGGUCAGCACCGUCUGGAAUCACGAAGUUCCAAUUUUCCUUGGACGAAGCGAAUGAUAUUACUACCGAGAACAUCAAAUCCUGCUACAGUGCGGCCACUUCUCCGCCGCAAUGGACGCAAGCAGGGUGUGCAAUCAGUAAUACGGGCGGGUUAUCAACCCGUGAUUUCAGGCCCGGCGGCAUCCCGCAGGAGCUGAUGGAGCCUCUGUCCAUCGAUGGGCCGAGGAAAUCCAAUCCAGAGCCUACGGAACUGGUGAAUAGGAACGACAGGAGCUCCGAAGCUGGAGAUCGGGACGAGUCGCAACAUUAUAGCACGGAUAAGAACACGACGGAGGCAACUACAUCUCGAAGUAGUGCACGAGAGAAGACCACAUCAUCUCCACAAGCGAAGACCUCAUCCUCAGUGGGGGCUCUCACGCUCGACCAGCAAGACCGCGCCGUGGAGUCCGAACUAGAGCGCGAAAUGCUGGAACUGCAGCGCCGCGUGACGCAGGCGAAGGAAACCAUGCGACAAACGGUGUUGCAAGCGUCUGCGAAAUAUCAAAUGUAAAAAUGUCUGGGUCUGGAAGAUUGCAACUUGUAAUGCUAGCUUUCCAUAACUAGAGAAUCUGUAUUGCAUAACCAACAAAACUCGCAGCCUCUUUUGUCAUGCAAAAGCGCAGUUUCUCAUGCGGAUUGCCUAUGAGAAAGCGUUUUGGGAAGUUGUCAUGCCGGACUGCAUUCGGAAGUGCUUUCAUCAUGCACAUUUUAGCAUCACAAGUUUCCAGACCCAGACAUUUUUGCACUUGAUACGAGAAAGGGCGGCGAUGACAGUAGUACUACUCCAUCGUCACUGUUCUCGCGUGAACGGGGGCGAUAUAAACUGGAAACGGCGCGAGUAGACCACUCUCAACCGCAAACCCACGACGUCCUCGAAGAGGAUAGUAAUCCGUCUAAUUAUUCCUCAACAGCAGGAGCCUCGGCGGCGACCCACGGAGCUCAAAUAGGGAAUCCAGAUGUUGACCGAGACGCGGAUAUUAACAAGGAGAACUUUACGCCGGCGGCUUCCACCAGCUCAAGACGGUACAACUUCCAGAACAGCAUGCUGGCCUCCGUAACGAAGUCGGAUUACGGCGACGCGAGAGCGGCAGCUGCUGGUGCAGCACCAGCGUCCCGGCGAUCGGUUUUCGCGAAUAAAGCAAACCCGCGCAGUGCCACCGCGGACGAGAGUGUUUUGCUUCCUCGAUCGCUGUCGCAGAGGUCAUUGUCGCCGACUGGGACUUCUACGGCGUCUGGAGGAACUAGUACAAGGCCGGGAGAAUUUAGGUUCGCAGAUAAACUCCUGGAGAUACAGAAACGGAGGCGGAGCACGAAGAGAUAAGGGAAAUGGAUGGUGAUCAGGGAGACAGCACUGAAUUAAGCAGCAGCAAUGCUGUGCACAUCACUAGCAGGUUGAUCUGCAGCUCUGCAGCAAAACCUUCAAGUCACUCAUCUGGUGUAGUUCAUUGUGCAGCUGAAGCUCGUGCGCAGGCUGUUCUACUUAGGCACCUUUACAAAAAGCCAAUGCAUUUCACAACUUUGAAUGAUGGAUUAUGAAGCAAUCUUCUAUUGGCGAUGUUCAUGUUGAACGGGUAAGCAAAGCGUGAAGCAGCACGUCGUCCACGCUUCUAUCUGCUGGAUAAAGGACGUCGCUGAUUGGCUGCUAGAGUGAAUUUUCAAAAUCGUUGGGCAGAACUAUUACAUGAGAGACG